AUGGUGGCAGGAUUGCAGCACUUCAGCAACAUGCCGCACAACGAGCGGCAGCGAGUACUGUUCGGCCUGUGCGGCCAAGGCGGUUGGACCCCAACACGCGGGUGUCCAUUGCAACCUUCGUCGGGUACUACCAGAUGCUGGGUGCCUCCAUUGAGCGCGAUCGAGAUUUCGAGGAUUUGCUUCGGCAUCAUUGGGGCUUCGCCGAGGUCUCCACAACUCUGGAAGACAUGCGUGGCAAGUUCGCAAUGGACGGGGGACUCCCAAUUGUCCCUGGAAGCCUUCCAGCAGGCCUUGUCCCAAGUGGGCAUGCAGUACAGCGCUGCGGACUUGUGCGGUGUCUUCGAAAGUCUUGGAAGUGGCGCCCAGUCUUUGGAGGUCUACCGGCUUGUGGAGCAUGUGAUGC